UGCUCAGAAAUGCACUGGCUAUAUAAAAUAUUAGGUCUGCCCACGAUCAGCCUGAAGCGAAGCUAAUAGCUUUUUCUGAUGCAGAAAUCUUGCCUUGGUGGGGUUUAGAGUCAUACCACCACUUUCCAUUUCUCCCAUUCUUAAUUCCUCUGCAGAACAAUGUCUCUAAAACCGGCGCUUCUGCUGGCCAUCUUCCUCCACAACUAUGCCAUUAUUGCGACCCUGGCUUCUGACCCUGAUCCAGUUCAAGACUUCUGCAUACCCCAGACAGGAAUUGCAACAUGCAGGAACUCAUCAGCUGUCACAGUGGAAGAUUUCGUGUUCUCAGGCAUAAAGUUUCCAGGGAAAUUCAGCGAAACGGGCUUAGCAGCUAAGCCAGUGAACGUUAAUGUCUUUCCAGGCUUGAAUACGCUAGGCAUGUCAUUUGUUCGAGCUGAUUUUGAAGUCGGCGGCAUCAACGUGCCGCAUUUCCAUCCAAGAGCAACUGAAAUAGCAUUUGUUCUGCAAGGAAGAGUUUAUUCAGGAUUCGUCGACACAGAAAACAGAAUUUACGCUAAAGUGAUUGAAAAGGGUGAAGUCAUGGUGUUUCCAAGGGGGCUCCUGCACUUUCAAAUGAAUGUUGGAGAUACGCCUGCUACACUGUUGGGAAGUUUUGACAGCCAAAAUCCUGGUUUGCUGAGAAUUCCAAAUGCUGUAUUUGGUACUGGGAUCGAAGAAAAACUUCUGGAGAAGGCUUUUGGGUUGAGUGCUAAGGAGAUUGCCAACUUGAGGAGGAAAUUUGCUCCCCACGAGUUGAGCUAGACGGUUAAAAUAGUUUAGCUAUUAGAUACUUCCAUGAAUAAUGCUUUGCUGUUUCCAUACACAGCAGACUGCGCCAACUACGAGAAUUGUGAUAUUGUCCCCUGUAAGACAUUUUCUGAGAGAAAAUUUUAGACAGAUUACCAAAGUUUUCUUCCUUUGAUGUUGUUCAUUGAUUAUUGACUGUGGGGAGCUUUUUGACAAGGCACAUUAUGGUCGAGUGUACUUGUACCUUCCAAGCCGAUCCAUAUGUUUUUGUAGAAAACAUUGUCAUCGAUGUUAUGCAUUGUAAUAAGAAAGA